CAAAUUUUUCACGUAAAAAAUUAAUAAUAAAUGAUGGCAGGAUUUCCUAAUAAUAACGAAACUAUACCAAAUGAAUUAAAAUAUAUGCAAAUGAUACAAGAAUCAUGUUUAUUAAAAAUCGGUUUUAGUAGCGUAGGAGGUAUAAUUUUAUUUUUGGAGAAAAAAAAACCUUUUUAAAAAUCUCCUGAUCCUCUAUUAUAAUAUAAUUAUUUUAUAUUUUUAUUUAUUGGUAAUACAUAAAAAUAGGAUUUGCGUUUGGAGGAUUAUUUGGAAUGUUUAUGUCAUCAUUUGAGAUGGCAUCGGUAGAUCCAGCAAUUUAUGAACAACCAAUGAAACAGCAAUUAAAAGCAACAGCAAAGGAUAUGGCUCAUCGUUCUUUUUCUAUGGCAAAAAAUUUUGCUAUAGUAGGUGCAAUAUUUUCUGGAACUGAAUGUGCUAUCGAAACAUAUCGAGCGAAAAAUGAUUUAUAUAAUGGUGUUGCUUCUGGUUGUAUAACUGGUGCUGUAUUAGCAGCUAGAUCUGGUCCGCAGGCCACUUUAAUUGGAUGUGCCGGUUUUGCAGCUUUUUCAACUGCUAUUGAAUAUUACAUGAGAAGAGAAUGAAAUAAAAAAAAAUACAUUUUAUUAAAAAUAAAAAUAAUACUAUUUAUUAAAAUAAAUAAUAUUUAAUUAAUAGAAAUCUCAUUCAUAAAAGCAUCAUUGAUUAAUUUAUUCAAGUUGUAUAUAAAUAU